AUGCUAUUUCGCGGCGCGGGCCCCUAUCACCCGGUAGGGCUGGGCCUUGUAGCACAUGCCAUGCAAUGCCGCCUCGCGGCACGGCCUGUCCUCGCGGCUGCCUGCCAACGUGUCAACGUGUCAAUGUGUCAAUGUGUCAGCGUGCUGCUGCGUGAGCUUGCCGCUGAGUUGGGGGGUUGCGUGGAAGGGAGUGGAGUGGGUUGGCUGUGUGGGUGUGGCGUGGGUGGGCUCGCGGUCGGCUGGGCUCGGGGUAUCUAG